AUGAAGUUAAAAUUUUGGAAAAUGACAUCUUUUACCCUACGACGGUACAGCUACCACUAUUUUUCUGCUUGCCUGCAACAGGACUUUGCGCAAGGCCGGAAGGAACGCAAGAUCGAAAAAGGAUGGACCGAGACAUCCAACGUGCUGUGCUUGAACGGACACAAGCAAACGAGCACAAUGAUACGCAAGUACGGAUGGUACGCAAAAAAGACUGGAGCUACAGGCAGGAGGAUAGCGAGUAGGUGGAACGAGGUAGGAAGGCAGCCACGGCAGGGGAAAGCAGGAACUAACAGAAAAAGUGAUAAUCUUCUUCCUACUUUUCUCAAUGAGUUAUUUUAUGGCGCAUGACAAUUAGCAGCUGCUAAUGAUUUGCACCUCCUGUUGCACACGAUUAUUUGUAAUGCUAAUAUUUUCCCCUUAGUAUUUUUUAACAUACAGAUAGACUUCCAGCUAAAAUCGGGCUAAGGGCAUCAACAUGAAAAUUUCAGAGGACAUCUCAUAACUUUCACAGGACUUGGCAUGGUGCAUAAUAAUGAACAAAAUGAAAAUACAUGAAAACAUAAGCAGGGGAUAUUAAGCGAGGAAGAGGGUUCUUUUUUCUGCACGGCAUAAAACCGAAGGCGAGAGAAAGGGAUCAACGAUCAACGAUGAGGACAGAAAGGAUGAAGAUCAGCAGAAAGGUCAAAAGCGGGGACAGUAUAGGAAUAAGUAGAUGCAGUGAGUUGAUCUUUGCUCCUGAUUUGUUCUUUCCUUUACUAAAAAACGAAAAUAGCUAGAUCUUUGUAAGUUCCACUAAAAUAGCCUGGAUCUCGCUUGAUCAAAUGUUGAAUUCCGAUGUACGCGACAGGAUUUUGAAUCCAAGAGAAUAUGCAUGAUAAGUUCUCAUCUGUGUCUGCAGAGAGAGACUCUUUUCUUUUGAUUUUUGAUAGGGCUUCGUACUAAAGAAAAGCCUUUAAAGCCAUGCGCCAUGCUAUGGAUGUGGUUGCACGUAUGGCAGCUGCGUGUAACCGAACAGGCUGGAAUGGUAAAUGUAGUUUCUAUUUUUCAAAGCAUCGGAUGAAGGAGGUUGAACAGUGAAGACUAAAAAGUGGAAAAGGUAGAGCGACAUUGCCGAAAAACUUCAACCAGUGCCGAAAGUCUUAACGAGCUGACUCUUGGCGCUGAUUUGCUGUUUCCUAACCCCGUUGCAGUGGGGGGUGGAAAACAGCAGGCAGUGUCAUCCCGGGCGUCCGUUCCCCCGCAGGCGUGAAUGUGAGGGACGAUGUAAGGAGAAAUACAUAUCUACACAAGGACCUGGGGGUUGUAUCUCCAACUGCCGAACGGCAACCCAGCGAGUACAGAUUCAGCGGACGCAAGCCAGAAGAACACAAGAGGAGGAACGAAGUCCGAGACGGCAAGAACAGCAGCAGCCACAGCCUUCCUUCUAUGCCGUUUUAUGACUUCUGCGUGCCUUUUGUAAGUAAUUUGUAUAAAAAAAAAAAAAAGUAUCAUUUCGAACAAAGCUCCUCGAACACAUAGGCAGAUGAACAAGCAUCGGCAGACUUGCAUAGAUCUGUUUGCAGCACUUCGUCUUGUAUAAUACUUCUAUCGUAGAAGUCGUGGAGUGAACAGAUUAAAUAGAGGAUGAAGAAAUGUCCACGCGCGUUGCUUCAUAACACCGACGAAAGUGCAAGAUGAAACUAGGAAAGUCCGCUUGUGGUUUUUCACCUGCGUAUGCAGUCGACGAAUCAGUAAGGGGGUUGAUCGACGACGAACAGGAGUUCCUGGACGCGAUGGUGGACGGACCACUGAAAGGCGUGGUGGAAGAAGUGAAGGGGAGCAUUGAUGCGGGAGGCAAUGCUCCGGGGGCAAAGCGCCGCGCGAUCACGUAUUACAACGUGAAAGAGGAAAUGGUUCAUUAGAUACGAAAUUGGGAUGAAAGCCCUAGAUUUUAAGUACAAAAAGAAAGUAAUAUUAUACUGAAGAAAUGUAAGACCCUAGAUGAAGAAGAUAAAUACAGCAAAGUCAAUUCCCGCAAUUCCAGAAAUGUUUAGACACCGGUGUGGCCGUGGUAGCGAACGUUUGGAAGAAUUUUAAACCGGGGUCCGCUCAAGAGCUUUGCCUUCGAGUUUGAGGUUUUUAACUACUUAAAGUUGUAGAAAAGUAGAUAAAGAGACGCGGCGACGAUCUUUCCCAUAUGACGAUAAAGAUACGCGGCGAAGCUCUUUCCCAUAUGACGAAUUUUACCAGGAGGAGCACUUACCCGGCAAUUCCAACGGCUAUGGCUAUCCACCCUAUUUGAACUACGUUUGCAUUUUAGCUUUCUUUUCAAGUUUUGAGGUUGAGUUUAGGUUUUGAAUUUACAAACUUUUUUUGGCUCUUCCCAAAAGCACGUAUUUAUUACACUGGUACUUUUUUUGGUGUUGUCUGAUUGAUAUAGUUCCGAAAUGUACACCACGACGGCAGAUUUGGUUUCUACUGGUUUCAGCUUGUAGCCCCGGGCGGGAGGCAUACAGGUCGAGACCGACAAGAACUGGUCGGUUGGGUAGGAAGGAAUGAACUACAAAACAAACAGCAGCAUCAAUGAAUACUAGUACGUAGACCGCGUAGACGAAAUAACAAAAAAAAACUACAGCUACACUGUACCAUAAAGAAAACAGCGUCCGCACGAAGAGUCAUGGUGCCGGCCGUGACUGCUAAACAAGACGACGCGAUUUGAACUUCAUUUGGUGUAUGAUCGCAACCGUUUCGAAUAACUGUACUUAUACGGAAGCAGAGCCUGUCCGUGCUUCCACAUUGGUUUUCCAAGAUGAAUAUUCUGCAUGUCUCUGCGGAUUGUGAAACACACAAGCUUGCCUCAU